AUGCCCGAAAAAUUAUUGACUACUACAAGCUGCUCGGAGAAAACAGAAGCACCUGACACGGUAGAGGUUGAUUCCGGUGAGGAAGAUAGCAAACCGCAAGAAGCAUCGUCAAAAACGCCAGUUGUGGUACCAACUACGGUACCUAAUCUGGUACCAUUUCUACUUCGUCCACCCCUUACAAUGACCCAACUACUAUACGAGCAACAGAAAGUGAUAUUCGCACAGCAACAACAACAACAACAACAACAAACAAGCAUCACUUCUUCAAACGGUUCCACCAAUUCCCUUUCAAACGGGUUUUCCGCAGUUGCAUUAGCAAAACCUAGCGAAACAGGUUCCUUCCUCAAUUCUCCAUUCGCAAUUUCUGCUCUCACGGCGACAACCGCAACAAGCAAAGUAAUUCAGAGGAAGGACAGCGAUGAUGAGCGACAAAGCAAUAAUGCCGGUGGAAGCGAAUCUUCCGCAGGUACACCAUCAACGGUCAUGAUCACUCCAAUGAAAUGGGUAAUGCUAGUGGCUAAUGGAACGGAAGUAGUAGCUGUUCAUAAAAUGCCAGAAGUCCAGAAGGACUUAUUGGGCAUCACUGAUCGACCAUCCUCAUGUUCCAACAGUCCUGAAGAUAACGGGAAGCGGAAACAACGCCGAUAUCGGACGACAUUUUCUGCCUAUCAGUUAGACGAACUGGAAAAGGUAUUUGCAAGGACGCACUAUCCGGAUGUUUUCACCAGAGAAGAAUUAGCACAAAGAGUUAUUCUUACGGAAGCAAGAGUUCAGGUUUGGUUCCAAAACCGUCGAGCGAAAUGGAGGAAGCAGGAGAGAACUUCUGCAGUGCACCCUUACGGACACGCAACUCCGCACCACGUUCCACGAACCUCGCACCCUCUCAUGCAGCCACAUCCGUAUGCGCUUCUUGCUGCAGCUGCUGCACAACAGUCUGCUGAAAGCAGCGCCGACACGGCCGCAAUCAUGGCUGCGAUGAGCGCACAGCACCAAGCAAUAGAAUCGAUGAUGAAUCCGGCUGCAGCGGCAUUCAUGUCGACAACACCGGCUCUCCUGAAUGCUUCCACUUUGACGCCCACUCCACUGAAAGAUGUCACCGAACCGCUUCGCCAUUCAUCUCCGACUGUGACCACUGCUGCUAUAAAUAACGAACCGAAUACGACGAAUUCGGAUGGAGCCAGUACAUCAACUCCGGUAAGCACGAUUGCAUCCUCUGCAAGUCCGGAAGUUGAACGCUCAAAACCAAUGGGAAGCAUCAAUUCAGCGAUCUCCUUAACCAAGUUGCCUACAUUUGUUCCAGCAAUAACUACCACCAAUGAUGCUGCUGCUGCUGCUGCUGCAGCAACUGCUGGAACCGAUCUGACUUCCUUUGUGCUUAGCGGUUAUCAGCAACAGCUUGCAGCUGCCAAUUACAUGCAGCAUUUGCAGCGGAUGAUUGCUAUGGAAAAUCUCUCCAAACAGUAUUCAGGAAUAUGGCCCGGAACCGCUGCUACUGCAUCACCGUUGGUUGGUGCUACUGCCGGAAGCGGAGGUUCAUGGUUCGAAACUCAGCAUGUAUUUGGAUCACUGAUGACUAGUGGUGCAGCUAUAACUGGCACUACAAAAUCACCGGUUAAUUUGACGAAUCCAAAAGACGAUUCGAAAAAAUAG